AUGCCGUGUUGUGUUGUUGGCGACUACUGUCUCUCCGACAAUAUCUGCUCCUAUACCCACACCUUAAUUGGCGGAAGCGGUUACUAUUCCGCCGGCUGUUCGGCAAAUGCGGAAGACUUCGGUGACACAGAGAAUGUUUCCGUAUGUGCUGAACGCUGUGCUGGUACCCGUUAUCCCGAUAUUGUCUACGAUACCGACAAUGACAUAUGGAAAUGCUGCAGUGCUGGUAAGGAACCAAACUGCCAGGCUCCUUCCAACGAGUCCUUCAGUGCAUUGGCUCCUAGCGACCUGCAGACAUAUUGGUUCGCUGGUAUGACAACUUCUAUUCCUUCAAGCACAGCUACAUCAGCAACCGUACGAACAACCUCUCCCAUUACUACUACAGCUUUGAGUAGCCCACCAGAUAGGGCGACACAAUCUCCUGCUACAUCUUCUCUUCCAACCGGAGCUAGGGCAGGCAUUGGCGUUGGCGUCGCUGCUGGUGCUAUAUUUCUUAUCGCGGUGGGCAUAUAUAUCGUGCUUCGAAAACGUCAGGAGGCAAAAACAAAAGUAUACCAAAGUACAAUACAAGCUGCAAAUCCUUCAGAGUUAUCGGCAGCCCGUAACCAUCAAGAAUUAGAUUCAACUAAUAAGCACACAUCGCCACAACCUCGCCAUGAACUGGAAUAA